AUGAAUCAACCAGCUAAACGUUGUCGAUUUUCGGUGACUCCAUCAUCAACAUCGACAUUAAAUGAAUUCUUACCAACGAUGCGAACAACAAAUAUGGAUCGAGCAACACUCAAAGUCGAAAUACCGUUUACAGAUCAUGCUCAUUGUAUUGGACGACAAGGAAAUCAAAUUCAAAGUAUCAUGUCAGCAACUGAUACACAUAUCCAUUUUCCGGAUGGCAAUCGGGAACCCAAUGGAACAAAAUCGAAUCAAGUAUCUAUUACAGGAACAAUUUCAUCAAUUGAAGAAGCUCGAAAACGUAUCCGAGAAAUUCUCCCCAUGUCAUUGAAAUUUCUCAUUCCGCCAACACAAUUGAUCAAUAUCAUCAAUGAUGAUUAUCCAUUGUUCAAAAAUGUUCGCUCGCGAUAUGGUGUUAUUGUUCUUCCACGGCCUUAUGCCAAAACGGGUGAUGUUUAUUGUAUCGUUCGCGGAUUAAUCAAUCAACCAGGUCUAGCUGAAGCAACUGAAUAUCUAAUUCAAGCGUUCUACGGUUUCGAAGCUCCAUCAAUCAAAGUGACAUGUCAAACAGAAGUCAGUGAGCAAUAUCAUGUUUAUUUACAAACUCGUCAGCAAUCCAAAGACAUGUGUAUCGCUGCAAUCGAGCAAUACACUCAUACAAACAUACAAUUUCCAUCGAUGGUCAAUUCGAAUCCUACGCAAGAUAACAUGAAUAAUUACGGACGUCGAACAUCGGUUACAAUCACCGGAUCACCAACACAAGUUUGUCAAGCGAGAAAAUUAUUUGAUCUUUGUUUACCAAUUAUUUUGACCUUUGAAAUACCCAUUGAUAAAGAACCAAGUCGUGCUCAAACAGCUCAUAUUAAGGACAAACUCAACGUUACUACAACAGUUCGAACACGUAAAGAUAAAAUUGGCAAAUUAGUUACUGUUCAAUCACAAGAAUAUAAUUGUGAUCAAUUGUUUCGCGCACGUGCUGUUAUUCUUGGUUUACCAGAAUCCAAUCAUAAUCAUAUUCUACCAAUCAAUACAACUGGUUUAUUUAAUUUAAAUCAAUCAUCGACACUGUUAUCCGAUCUCUCCUUACCAUCCGGAUCUUCUUCGUUAGUUUUUACAUCACCUUCGACAAAUCAUAUGACAGAAAGUAUCUUAAUUCCGAUUGAACCUUGUUUUAUUCCACCAACACAACAAAUCGAUACUGUAUUUGUACCAAUAGUCGAGACAAGUACAACGAAAAAACCAUCACCGAUUGGUCAUGAACGUUCGUCAUCACGAAUUCCCGAUCAAGACACAAUUGUUUGGCCAACAAAUAAUGAUCAAAUUUCAUCGCUUUUGGUUUUCGAUUCACCGACUCAACAAACAUUAAAAUCGACUGAUAUUAAUAAUUUAGAAUCAAUUGACAAUACUUUGGCUUUUCCAACACAGGAUAAUCGUUCGACGAAAUUGUUUACAUUACUUCGUUCAAUAAAUUUAGAAAAAUACUGGUCAACAUUUGAACGUAAUGAGAUUGACUAUUGCACAUUUCUUUCUAUGACGGAUCAAGAGUUGACUCAAAUCGGUAUUGAAGCUUUUGGGGCUCGUCGUCGUAUGCAACAGGCCAUUGCAGAUCAUGCCUUGGCCGGUAUCAACCGAUAUUAA